AUGGCUAUUCUCGACAUCACCAAAGACCUGCCCACACUCUUUAAACGACAGGUGCAGACAACCCCAGACGCCAUUGCCCUGGAGGAUGAGACCACGACAUAUACAUAUACCCAGCUAGACCAAGAAGUUGAGGUUCUUUCCAAUCGUUUACGAACCUAUGGAGUGAGCCGUGACACCCUCGUUGGUGUGCUCCUGCCUCGCAGCGCACAUUACGUGAUUGCCUGUCUCGCAGCUCUCCGUGCGGGUGGUGCCUUCCUUGUUCUGGAAUUGGCUUACCCCGCGGAUCUCUUGGCGGAUGUCAUCGAGGACGCUAACCCCGCGGUGAUACUCACUCACAAGUCGGAGACCGAAAAGAUCAAAGCCCCCAUUCCAGUGAUCGCCCUGGAUGCGCCGGUUGCUGAAACCAAUGGAUACGCCAAGGAACCAACUCCACUGCCGGCAGAUGAUGAUUUGGACCGCUUGGCGUUUGUGUCCUAUUCGUCAGGAACCACUGGCAAACCGAAGGGAAUUGCCAACCCACAUCGUGCCCCGGUACUGUCGUACGAUUUGAGAUUCGCCGUGCAGGAUGUACAACCGGGUGAUCGGGUGGCUUGCAAUGUCUUUUUCAUCUGGGAGAUGCUGCGGCCGCUACUGCGUGGAGCUACGGUCGUGGUUGUGCCCGAUGAAUCGAGUUAUGACCCCGCGGCUCUCGUUGAUCUGCUCGCGACCAAGAAGAUCACUGAGACGCUCAUGACCCCUACUCUGCUAGCAACUGUUCUUUCCCGCUACCCCCGCUUCGGUACUCGCGUGCCUGAUUUGCGCAUCGUGUGGCUGAACGGCGAGGUUGUGACUACCGAUCUUGCCCGCAAGGCUAUCAAAAUCCUCCCAAAUACUCGUUUGCUCAAUUGCUAUAGUGCGUGUGAAACGCAUGAAAUUGCUUGCGGAGAUAUCCGCGAGAUAGUAGAUGACAGUUCUAUCUAUUGUCCAGUCGGUCCGUCGCUCGACCCCAAACAUACCUACGUUCUGAACGAGGACGGUCAGCAGGUAGAGGAGGGAAAUUCGGGAGAGCUCUUUAUCGGAGGUCCUCUGCUGGCACGGGAAUAUAUCAAUCUUCCAGAGGCUACUGCCAAAGCUUUCGUUUCGGACCCCUUUGAUUCCACCCCGAUCACCGGCCGAGUUGGCGCAAUGAUCAAGCUGCGUGGGUACUCCGUUGUGCCCGCGAAGGUCGAAAGUGACAUCUGCCAAUACUUGGCGGUUGAGCAGUGCGUUGUUACUGCGUAUGGCGAGGGUCUCGAACGACAACUCGUUGCCUAUGUUGUUGCCGACAAGGAGGCCUCGUCUGAUCGUCCGCAGGUCGUGAUAAAUGAGUCGGGCCACAGUCCCUCCGCUCGUCGUGCCCUCGAAACCCACCUGGCGCAAUACAUGAUCCCAGCUCUCUGGGUUGCACUGGACCAGUUGCCUACUAAUGGGGUCUCCGGAAAAGUCGAUAUGAAGAGCCUUCCUUCACCUCGCAGCUCCAGCCCGAAUGGCAGUGAGCAGAGCGCGGGGAAGGACCCGAUUGGUCUCAAUGACAUUGCGACGAUCUGGGAGGCUGUACUGAAGGUUUCCAAGAACUUGAUCAAGCCUGAAGACAACUUCUUCGAUUUGGGCGGACAUUCCUUGUCCCUGGCAGAUCUGUCCGCAAAACUUUCGAGACGUUUCGGCUUCCGUGUUCCCAUUCCUCGUCUCGCUGAAAAUACCACCCUUUCCGGCCACCUGGAGACUGUGCGUGCUGUCAGAGAUGGCCACACUGCAGAGGUGCAAGCAAACCUGCCUGCAGUCUUGCUUUCUGACGCUACGCUGGAUGAGGAUAUCAAGUCCACAAACACUGCGUUCACGUCAAUCACCUCGGCUGACACGGUACUGCUGACAGGUGUAACUGGUUUUUUGGGAGCUUUCCUGCUGAACGAUUUGAUUGAGAAUACCACAGCUAAGAUUAUCUGUCUUGUGCGUUUCAGCGACCCUGAGCAGGAUGAUCAAGCUGGAGGUGUGGCUAGAAUCCGUAGGAAUCUCCUGGACAUGGGGCUCUGGCGCGAUUCAAUUCUGGACCGUAUUGAGGUCCUCCCAGGAAAUUUGUCCCGCCCUCGACUGGGCUUGAGCCCAGAUGAAUUUGAAGACAUCGCAGCCCGAGUUCAAGUCAUUGUGCAUGCCGCAGCUACGGUCAACCUUGUCUACCCCUACGCUGCACUCCGUGGAGCAAAUGUUGGCGGAACAAGAGAGAUUCUUCGCCUGGCCGCCAAGGGCGGCGCGACCGUGCAGUACGUAUCUACCAACGGUGUCUUGCCACCAUCAGGCGAGAAUGGUUGGUCUGAAAAUACACUGCUGGAUGUGGAAGAUGUUCCCAAGAAACUGCUCGACGGUUAUGGUCAGACGAAGUGGGUUGCAGAGCAGCUCGUUCUCAAGGCCGGGCACCGCGGAUUGCCCGUCAAGAUUCACCGAUGUGGCACCAUCAGUGGUCACAGUGAAACGGGCUCCGCGAAUGCCUGGGAUCUGCUGACUGCAUUGAUCGUGGAAUCCAUCCAGCUUGGAUAUGCCCCAGACGUGGAAGGAUGGCGUGCCGAGAUGACUCCUGUGAACUUUGUCAGCAAAGCCAUUGUUCACCUUGCCACCCAGACACAGACAGACCAAACCCUGUUCCAUCUCGGUGAUCCUAAGCCAGUUGAUACUCGAUCAGUCUUCGAGGAUCUCAAAGAGCUUGGAUAUGAGACAAAACCUCUCCCGUGGGAUGAGUGGGUGGCCCUGUGGUUCGAGAAGAGAGGCGCGGCCAAGGGUGGUGAUGGGUCAUUUACCGUCGACAUUCUCCGCAGUGGUAUGCCGACCGUUGACUUCCUUCGAGAUAUCGUGGUACUCGAUAAUGCUUUGACCAGGCCUUUCAGGGCCGAGGUCGAGCGCCCCAAGGUUGACAGCCUAUUGCUGGAGACUUACACCCGCCACUGGUUUGCUCGAGGAUGGCUGCCCCGGGGCCCUUCACGUCAGCAUGCUUUCAACCGACCUACUGAGGUCACAGCCAAGGGUCCACUGAGCGGCCAAGUUGCCGUUGUGACUGGUGCAUCUUCAGGCAUUGGUGCUGCGGUGGCAGUCGCUCUAGCCAAGCAGGGCUGUGCUUUGGCUCUUGCUGCUCGACGAUUGGAUGCCCUGGAGAGCACCAAGCGCAAGGUGGAAGCUUACGGCGUCAAGUGUAUUCUCCGGUCAACGGAUGUCACAGACAAGGCUCAGGUUGAAGUUCUUGUCAAAGCGGCAAGCGAGGAGCUCGGUCCCGUGGACAUUUUGGUCGCAUGCGCUGGUGUCAUGUACUUCACAAUGAUGGCCAAUACACAGAUGGACGAGUGGGAGCGCACAGUCGACGUCAACUGCAAGGGUCUUUUGUAUGCUCUCUCCUCGACAGUCCCAGGCAUGCUUUCGCGUGGCCGUGGCCAUGUCGUCGCCAUAUCCUCCGACGCUGGACGCAAGGUCUUCCCUGGCUUGGGUGUGUACUCAGCCAGUAAGUUCUUCGUCGAAGCCACGCUCCAAGCUCUACGCCUCGAAACUGCCGGCACCGGUUUGCGCGUGACGAGCAUUCAGCCCGGCAACACCUCCACUGAUUUGCUUGGUAUGUCCACGGAUGCCGAAGCCGUCAAGAAAUUCGGAGAACCAUCUGGCGCGAAGAUCCUCGAUCCCUCAGAUGUUGCCAAUUCCAUUGUUUACGCCUUGACUCAGCCCGAGCAUGUCUCUGUCAAUGAGAUCUUGGUUGAGCCCCGUGACGAGCCGAUUUAA